AUGGUCGAGGUUGACGACAUGCUCGACAACCCGCGCUUCAACCAGUGGUUCAUCAGCAACCUGCGGUGCUCCCAGGCAUCGUUUCGUCGACUCGUCGACGUUCUCCGCAACUACAUGGCUGACUACAAGUUCCCACGCUCGAAGCACUCGUUCAAGAAGAUG